CGCCGGAUGCUGGUGCGGGUCGGGGUCGAGCCGCGCCGCCCGGUGCACACGCCGCCCCGGUAGCUCCCGGGUUGCGCCCGCCGAGGGCGCCCUCCUCCAGCUUCGCGGUGUGGCUGCGGCUCCCAGGACCGAGCUGCUCUGGGCGCUGCGGGGGAGCGCGGUGGAGCCCAUCCCGCCGUCCAACCCGGCCGUGGUGGGACUUCGGGAGAACUUGGAGCAAGGACGGAGACCGACACCCAUUCACGGCUGUUAGAACAAUCUGAGAGCUCGGUCAGUGCUGGCGAUGAACAUGACAUUUCAGCUGCAACAAAUACCUCCUUAGAAACAACAAAUCAUUUCAACUUCAAAGCAUCUGAGACUACAAACCUGUUACUAGACUAGAAGCAAUCAGAUCAAUGAUUGAUUGGAAGAAAAUAAAAUGGCAGACAUUUAAAGUUAAUAUCCAGGAUGAAUGAUGAUAAUUCAGAUAAAACAGAAGAUAAAUUGCAUUACAUAUUUAUCAGUGAUAAAAAUGGAGAUACAUCUGAAUACAACAAAAAAUCGUCAUCUUCACAGAAACUUUCAACCAAUCACAUGAAUAGGAAUUCUUCCAACCCAGAAGCCAUGGUGGUUGAUUAUGAAAUGGAUCCUGUUGUGGACAGUGAUGAAAAUAGUUCAUCAAACCAUCAGUGUGUUGUAGUACUAGAUCACCAAGAGUCUUCAAGUGAUUUCAUUAGUAAGCCAGUGUUUGCAAGGCAUCACGAUCUCACCUGUCAGUGUUCUGCACUUGUCAAUGCAGAGAAGCCAGACUAUCUGCAGAGUAACUUUCAUUCCCUAGAGGCAGUCCAGGACCAGAGUUGUGAGCCCUCUCUGCCUCGGGUGUGGAAGCCUGAUGAUGAUUUAGAACGUACAGACUAUCCUGCAGCUUUGGAGCUAAACCAAAUAUUUGACAAAGUAGACAAAAUGAACAGUACCUUUAUAGCACACCAUGCUAUUGAGCAUAGUCAGUCCCUGCAUACUCUGGGAAGUCCACAGCUAAACAAUGCAAGUAGUGGAAAUACAUCAUUAUCCUGUUCCACUUGGACAUCAACCCAUUCCUCAAAUAUACAUGUGAGAGAAAUUAAUUAUAACAGAGAGAGUUUUGAAAGCCUUCUGGCCACACCAUCACAGGUCCAAAACAUAACCUACAUAGCAUUUUCUGAUGUGCCUAUGCAAACUGACCUUCCAGAUCAUGGAGAUAAGUGUCAGUAUUCUUUAGGAGAGGUCACCAAAGACUACACAAAUGGGACACAGCAAAGAGUAGUUGAAGAAAAAGAGAGAGAAGAUGUGACACUAGUUUCUGAUGACAUGGAGGUCCCCCAUGGAUCUGUAUUACAAGAGUCCUAUUGUGUAUCUAAAGAUGAGUCAAAUAGUGAGACACAUUCACAAAGCUCAUAUGGGCAAAAGGAAAUGGGCCCAAGUCUAAGAGAAACAGUGCCCAAUUGUCGUGUUGAUGAUGAAUGCCCUUUUCUAUUGCCAGCUUUUGAUAAAAGUAAAACCAAAGCCCUGGACUCCGAGCAUGAAGUCACAUCAACCGGAGAUCCACACAUCACUUCUCAUGACAAGGGUUCAGAAUUGCAAAGUAGUACCGUAGAACAGAUCCUAAGUAGCUCCCUGGGGCAGAGGGUUUCUUCAUUUGAGAUGGCUUGGGAUGCAAGUGGUAGAGUCAUUAGCACAAAUAAUACAGUUUGCAUGCCAAACCCAGUUCUGCAAUCCCCAAAUGUAAGCUUUACACUUCCACCUGUUGAAGCAACAGAGACAUGCAAUCAGGUGGACAAAGGUCCCAGAGAGGCUAAACAUGUACCCAGCUUGAAUGGAGCACCCAUGAACAUAGCAAAGCCUAGUCUGGGAAAAUCAGCGACCAAAACAAAUACCUCAGCAGGCAGCAAAGUUAGGAAAACAGAAAUUAUAAGCUACCCAAGACCAAACUUUAAGAACAUUAAAGCCAAAGUUAUAUCUAGACCAGUGUUGCAGCCCAAAGAUGAAGCCCUAACAAAGGUCACGCCGAAACCUCACGUGACUGGGGCCUCAUCACCAGCUCCAGUGCCUUCUUCGAGACAGUUGACAGUUGUGAGCAAAACACCAAGAUCUGACUUUAAUGCAGACAAAAAAGCAGAAAUCCUAAUUAACAAGACUCAUAAGCAACAGUUUAAUAAACUCAUUACCAGCCAGGCUGUGCAUGUUACAACGCGUUCUAAAAAUGCUCCACACCGGCUUCCAAGAACAACAUCUGCCACGAAAUCGAAUCAGGAGGAUGCUGACAAGACACGUUCUCAUCCUGCAGGAGAGACUAGGUCUGUAGCUGCCUUUAUCCAGAAGAUCAAAGGAAUUCUCCCAGGUAAAAUGAAAAGUUCAGACUCUUUAGAAACAACGUAUGUUUCCAACAUCGAUGGGAUUAGCCCUGCAAAGGGUGAAAAAGACAGUGAGGCACCAGUGGAAAAGCGAGAGCUGGAAAAGGAAGCCGUGCAUGAGACUUUUGAAUAUGAGUCUCUUUUUGUGAGUUCUACUCCAAAAACUGCCAGCAUCCCAGGAAGGAGCAUCGCCAAGACUGACUCCUGCAGUCUGAGGAAAACACCAGGUCUAAAAGCCAAAGUGGGACCUGCUGUUUCCUGCUUGAGGCGGAAGAAUGACAAUAGAACCCUGGGCUCUGACCGGGCUUUAUCUCCUCAGAGGAUCAGGCGUGUGUCCAGCUCUGGAAAGCCUACAUGCUUGAAAACUGCACAACCAUCUUGGGUGAAUUCACCUAGGCCACUUCCUAAAUCCAAAGCAUCUUUGAAAAGCUCUGUGCUGCAGAGGGCAGGAAGCACCCGGUCGGUGGCCAGCACCCACAGUGAUCUCAGCACCUGCAGCAAUAAUUCUGGUAAUGCUGCUGUCAUCAAAUAUGAGGACAAACCUCCCAAACAAGCAUUUCAGAAUGGGUCAGGAUCCUUAUAUCUGAAGACUUUGGUACCCAGAACUCAUGCACACUUGCUCAAAACUCCUCCAAAAGGUCCUUCAAGAAAGAGUAUAUUUACAGCAUUUAAUUCAGUCGAAAAAAGCAGGCCAAAGAAUCCCAGAAGCCUUUGCAUCCAGACUCAAACAUCUCCAGAUGUGCUAUCCUCUGAAAAGACACUCGAGUUAACUCAAUACAAAACAAAAUGUGAAAACCAAAGUGGAUUUAUCCUUCAGCUCAAGCAGCUUCUUUCCUGUGGUAAUACCAAGUUCGAGGCACUAACUGUUGUGAUCCAGCACCUCCUGUCUGAGCGGGAGGAAGCGUUGAAGCAACACAAAACCCUCUCUGAAGAACUUGUUAACCUCCGGGGAGAGCUAGUUGCUGCUUCAACCACCUGUGAGAAGUUAGAGAAAUCCAGGAAUGAGUUGCAAACAGCGUAUGAAGGAUUUGUCCAGAAGCUGAACCAACAGCACCAGACCGACCGAACGGAGCUAGAGAAUCAGCUGAAGGAAUUCUACACUGGGGAGUGUGAAAAGCUUCAGAACAUUUACAUUGAGGAGGCAGAGAAGUAUAAAACACAGCUGCAAGAGCAGUUUGACAACUUAAAUGCUGCCCAUGAAACCUCUAAGCUGGAAAUUGAAGCUAGCCACUCAGAGAAAGUGGAAUUGCUAAAGAAGGCCUAUGAAACCUCCCUUUCAGAAAUCAAGAAAAGCCAUGAAAUGGAAAAGAAAUCCCUUGAGAAUCUACUUAAUGAGAAGCAGGAAUUGUUAGAGAAACAAAUCAAUGAUCUGAAGAGUGAAAAUGAUGCUCUAAAUGAAAAGUUGAAAUCAGAGGAACAAAAAAUAUCAAAAGAGAAGGCAAAUUCGAAAAAUCCUCAGGUCAUGUAUCUGGAGCAAGAACUAGAAAGCCUGAAAGCUGUGUUAGAGAUCAAGAAUGAGAAGCUGCAUCAACAGGACAUGAAAUUAAUGAGAAUGGAGAAGCUGGUGGACAACAACACAGUGUUGGUUGACAAGCUGAAGCGAUUCCAGCAGGAGAACGAGGAAUUAAAAGCUCGGAUGGACAAGCACAUGGCAAUUUCAAGGCAACUCUCCAGUGAGCAGGCAGCGCUGCAGGAGUCCCUGGAAAAGGAGUCGAAGGUCAACAAGCGACUGUCCAUGGAGAAUGAGGAGCUGCUGUGGAAGCUGCACAAUGGGGACCUGUGCAGCCCCAAGAGGUCCCCCACAUCCUCAGCCAUCCCCUUCCCAUCCCCCAGGAAUUCUGGCUCCUUUCCCAGCCCCAGCAUCUCACCCAGAUGACACUUUCUGAAGGGAAGAGACUCUCCAAAGGCACUGGGAUGCAGGUCUGCAGGACUGACCCUAAGAAUGAUUGUGGGAGCAAGAGCUACACUAGCUUUCUGGAAUUUCCACAGGAUAACUGGAAAGCCACCACCACGUCAGCUACUUACAAGAUGGGAACUCCAGAGGAAGACUUUUGACUCAGUCCAAAAGCUGCCUCCAAAAAAGAUUUUGGAAUUGAUGUGGACAUAGUUGCACAAAGCACUUAAGGAACGAGAGAAUCUUGUUCUUUGCCUUUUUUCACCUAAGCAUAAGGGGAAAGAAAAACUCUCAGGGGCCUAUUAAGAUAAAGAUUUAUAACCUUUGUAAUGUUCUUCACCAGAGACACCUUCUUGUGAUUUUUAUUUCAGUCUGUGGGUGGGGGUGUGUGAAUGAAAUGGAUGUAACAGUGUGUCAUGUGUCUGAUGCAGCCCUCUCUGCUGUCUAUUAAGUCAGCAGCUGAGUAUAGCUGGGUCUGUGCUAAUCACAUCACCGGUGCACACAUUUCAACAAAAGCCAUAGGAGAGAAAGCAGUGGUUUUGUGAGUUAUAAUUCUCCGCCACCAGCUCCUCUCAGCACCGUGAUGUGGCCGGGCGAAGGAAUGACAAGAGCUUUUUGACUUGUUGAUGUCUAUAUUUCUGUGUCUUUUUGGAGUAACUUGUUGGCAGAUUUUCAGUGUUCAGCUCUGUCAGUUGACACUAGAUAUUUUUUUUCUGUAGAUUUUUGUGAGCAUAAUUGCUAUACUCUGAUCCAUUUUCUAUGGCUAUGAGCAAAUGUAGAAUCCUAACUUUAAAAAAAAUCUGUAUAUAAAGGGGCAGUAUCAAUGGGCUUCUCUGCCUUUUACCUUGAAUCUAAGCUAUCCUUACAGAGGUAAACCUUCAUCUUCUCUCCCUUUACCCUGACUUCCUUCUUUUUUUCUCUUCCAUCCAGAGCCACAAAAGCAAACCUUAUACCUCCUGCCUACUUUUCUGUGGGACAAAGAUAAAGGCAUAUGCUUCUCCAGAGCCAGCUCAUCUUUGAGGUGCUGAACCCAUUUUCCAAAUACACUCAGGUCUGGGACCUGAGGCUACAAAUUUUGGGAAACUUUCAGGAAAGUCAUUAAAGAUACGGGAUUCAGCACAUACUUAUAAACAGAGCUCCUUCAUUAAACCAGUGAUGCAGUGUGAUAGAGCAAGACUGUCUGGAGAGACAAUGCUAAUAUAGGGAGACCUUUUGAGUGCUCUCCCUGUCAUUGGGAUAUAGCCAAAAGGGCAGCCCAAGAGUGGGAAAUGUGGUUUUAUACAGCUCCCCUUCGAGUUGAAUUUGAGUUUCUUUUCAAAAUCUCGCUUGUUACCUCCCACAAUUCUAAGAUUUGUGGGAAGGCAGAAGGAUAGCUGUGGCUUCUCCCCACCCCCGCAUGUGUCGACAUUGUGAUGUCAGUAUUUACUAAACCAUCUUCGAUGGCUGUGCAAAUAACCCAUUAUAGUAAGAACAGAUUCAGGAUGCUGGAUGGUGGGUAUUUGUGCCAUUGUGUACAUUUACACUACAUAGCAAAUUGGUAGUUAUUCAUGAUGCAUGAUUUUUAUUAGUGGUUAUGUUUAAAGUCUUUAACCUGCAGUAGUUUAUGAUGUAUGUAACCUUCCAUGUUUGCUUCUGAUAAGUGGGAAUGUAGGUUCACUGCCACCUCCUGAUAUUUCUCUGCUCAUGGUUCCAGUUCUCAAUGACACUAGCCAAAGUUGGGUUUACCUUUCAUGCCCUGGCCAUGGUAAAUCACAUGCUAUUCCCCGCUUUCCUCCAUACCAUUUAGGUGUCCGGGAAAUCAGUCUUACAGAAAUCAGAAUAAAAUGUCUUCAGUGGAUGGAAGACAGUAAGAAAGAAGAUAGGAAACAAAAUAGAGAGCUUUUCAUUUUGUUUCAAACCAGAUGUUUUAUGUAGGAUGCAAAAUGUUGGCACAUCAUAAAAAUGUGAUAUGCUAACAACUGUAGUUUAUAGUGAUGGAAAGUGUAUUUUACUUUGAUCAAAUAAACAGUGCUGGACUAUU